UCCGCCUUCAACUCUUCCGCUUUUUCCUCGGGGCAGCCUUUUCCACCACCACGGCCCAACACGACAAAUCUUCCCUACUGACUCUUCAACCCAUCUCGAUUUUCAAUUACACUUGCCGGCGCCCAGAAGGUCCCCCCGGAUUCGUAUCCAGCUACUGCAUAGUACUUUCGCAGCUUGGCCGGGGCAGUGGCUGCAGCGGGGCCCCGCUUCCGAGGCCGAGCAGCCUGCAGUCAGCUUACCUGCCCCUGGGAUUAAGGAAUCUGCAGUCAGCGACCGAUAUUGAUUAUAAGCCGAGCGGUGUGAGAAUAUGACGUCGUCGUCGCUCUCUUGACAGCAAUGCCCUAUCAUCGUCUAGAGAGCUUAUAUAACUAGGAAGAAGUUUGCCACAACUAUGCUGGAUUACCACCACGUGCCCCUGACACCUAUGCAGAGACCUUGCAUAAAAUCGAAAUCCUGCAUCCUCCUGCCCGUUUCGGUCGUCAACUGAAAUCGUGCGAGCUGCUUAUACCUUCAUAUUGGCUAAAACAUGCCUCUUCGGUAACAGAUAUAGCUCCCUUGGCCCCUUAGCGAACGGAAGGGAUAGGGCAAGUUAGAUUGAAACACAAGACGGUGUGAACUGACCAACGGGUCGUACACCUGUGGCCGUUUUUGUUGCUGACCGACUUCCAAGGAGUAGCCAGACGCGGGCAGUUGCCACUUACUGUCUCAAACAGCCUUACAAGGUGGAACAUCACAUCGUGAACCUCAUGUUGGUUUGUUACGAUUGCUCCACAAGCUAACCGACAGGCUGUCGUUUGAUUUUCGGGGGGAAUGUACAGUAUGAUGACCGUCACACGCUGGCUUCAGUAAACAACGAAAGGUUGUACCCAUCACAUGGGACGUGAGAGAAAGGGAGGGAGACGCCCUGAGGAGCAGAGCAAGGAAUAUAUCUAUAUAAGAGGCCCCCAGAUGGCGUCAAUCGUCUCCUGUUUUGCAUCAUCAACUCACUCACACACCAGCCUGGCACCUACACUACGAGACUCUACACGACAUCCCCAACGACAAACAACCACUCGCCCAGAAUGCAGUUCUUCACUACCAUCCAGGCUCUUGCCCUGCUCGCCACCGGCGCCCUCGCCAUGCCCAACAACCUUGGGGCUGCCGACCUCGACGCCCGUACCCUCGAGGCUCGUGUCAACUGCAACCAGAUUCUCCCGGCUUGCAACGGCGGCCACGUCGUUGGACAGACCAACUGCCGCUGCAAAGGCCAGAAGGAGACAUGCGACCUGUGGACCUGCCCUGGCGGGUCUCCCAAUGUCAUGGUCUGUGGUCAGGCCGGUACCGGAUGUGUCUGGGUCUAAGGGAUGAGCACUUGUCUCCUCAGGAAUCCCUAGUGUCGCCAACACUCGUGUCUUCAACGCUCUUGCAAAGGGUACAAGCGGCUAGGCGAUGGACACCAGCAUGAUUCUGGAUAUCUGAUGAUGGAAUUUCUCUUGUAUACGACUAUAGUCACUCUUUGAAAGCCAAUGCAAAAGUCAUUGCCUGGGCCCGGGCAUUCCCUGAAUCGUUCUUGGUCGAUGUGAGAACACCACAGACCGAUCCGUCCCCCUAGGUGGUAACUUUGAUCCGGAGUCAACUCCAGCCUUGCUGCGAUACGAACAAGCCAGAUACCCGCUCAAGACUUUUAUUGCAGUGUUAAUUUCUCUGAUG